ACAGAUUUUUUUCUUCAAGUUUUCUAUUUUGCAGCAGAAAAUCUUUAUUUUGCCAUAACUUUUUACUCUUUUCGAAUUUGGGGAUUCUAAAAAUUGUCCAACCGUGGAAACACCAAUUUGAUGAUUUUGCCACGCAAUUUUGCAAAAAAAGUCGAAAUUCAUUUUUGUUAAUUUUUGAUGGUGCUAGAUGACAUAAUACAUGGACACCUCGAAGGAUUUUAUUUUUAAAAUUUUCUAUAUAUUUAUUUUACAUUCUACAGAGGUCAAAAAGGCGAUCCACGGGGCAUGGAGCUCAUGUGCGUCACAUAAAUGCGUAGUUUCUGUGGCACACCAUCCCACGUGUGCCACAGAAAGCCUUAAUUCUGUGGCGCACCAGGACCAGUGCGCCACAUAAUGCCUUAUUUCUGUGGCGCACAUGGUACCGUGCGCCACAGAAAUAGCGAAACCAAUGGUUGGGACUGGCAGGGUGUGGGCCCCACCUUAUUUCUGUGGCGCAUGAGCUUCGGUUGCGUCACAAAAAUAAGCUAUUUUUGUGGCGUACCUAGUCUGGUGCGCCACAGAAAUUGUUUCUGUGGCGCACGAGUAGCUGGUGCGCCACAGAAAUAGAAUCUCAUCUAUAAGGCUUUUCCUACUAGUGACUUCUUCCCCUCCGGCGAUGAAUGUAAGGAUUCCCCUACCCCGGUACCUUGGUUAUGUUUAGAUCUAUGUUAGGAGUUGUGAGAUCUUGGCUAGAGUUUGAUCUUGUAGAUUGUGCCAAGCUAUCAUGAACUUGCUAGGGUGCCACAUUUUUGGUUCCUUGUUUGUCCCAAAUAUGUUGAGCUACCAUGAUGUUGCUAGGGUUUGUGCUGUCCACAAUUGCAAUGUAUUGCUUGUCUGAUUUAGGAUGAUGUUGGUAUGGUUUGUGUUGUCCACUUUAGCCAUGUCUUUGUCCCAAGUAGAUUCACGUUAUGUACUACGAUGUGUGUACGACUCCUUCUGUGAUGACUUUAGCCAGAUAUUUGUCUGCGUUGGGGACUCUCAGAUCCCUUCGCAAGUUACGGAUUCACAACCCCUCUAUGAGUCCAAGGUGGCGGUCACCCCUGUGUCGGCCCAAUGGGCCCGUGGCUGACCUGGUGGCUCAGGUAGCGGCGUAGGUGGCGACGAGGUUGGCCUCCACAAAGAAGAGCAAGAACUGCAGUGAAGCGGCCAAGGCCUUGAAGGACUAACAGAUGGGGAAUGUGACCAUGAAAUGGCUUCCAUUCAUGUCUAACUUUGUAUUGGAGAAUAUGUGCAUUUUGAUCAAGACCGGAGCGAGAACUGACAAAGGAUUCAAGGAAGUCCAUCUGACUGCUAUGGAGAAGGCCAUGUUUGAACACUAUGGUAUAGACGUUAGCUCCACUCAGGUGUACAACCACCUGAGGAAGUGGAUGCAGAGGUGACUCACCAUUACCAGGCUCCGCGAUCUAAGCAGGGCUCAGUGGUGCGACGAUACCAAAUUCAUCAUCCUUGAGGGUGAGCACUACUGCGGGCACGUCGCGGAUCUCCCAAAGGACAUAGAGUUCCUGAAUGUGCCCAUUGCGAACUACGACGAGAUGCAUACCAUCUUCACUUUCGGCCUCGCCACCAGCAAGUACUCCAUGGAAUCCAGUGAGCCCCUAGGCACGGCUGCAGCUACUCCUUCGCCUGAGGAUGCUGAAACCCAGGAGUCCGACACCAUCAUCCUCGAUGGCCCAUCCGAGAAGGCUGCCGACACGCCUGGCAAGGCAACCGCUAGCAAGAGGAAGAGAGGUGCCUUCGCCGACGACGGGCUGGUGGUCUUCACCAACAUGAAUAUUGCUGUGAAGGACGUCGCACAGGCAAUCAAGGACAACAAGCCCACAUACAUGCACUCUAACUUGUACAAUGCAGUCAUGGACAUGCUUGGCUUCGCCGAGGAGGAUCUCAUGGCGACGCUGGGCCACCUCAUCAACCAUAAGGGCCAGGUUGCAGCUUUGUGGGCAUGAUCAAGCCACACUGCGUCCUCUGGCUAAGGAACUACUUUGCCAAGUACCACUACAAGUUGUAGUGGUACCCUUGUGGGGGUGGUUUAGGGAAUGCAUGCAUGGAGGUGAUGAACUUGAUGAUGAUGUUGAUGAUGAACAUUUUGGUA